AUGGGGGCAGCUUUUGGAAAAGUUUUAAAUUACUUAUACAUAGUUGACCAUGGUGAAGCAACAACUGAUUCUAAUUUAAAGAAAGCAAAGAUAACGUGCAUGUUAUCGUCAACUCAAAAGCCUGCGAAACCUAACCCUCAUUGGAAACACCUUGAGCUUCAGAAACCAGGUGAAGAGUUACGCAUAAGCAACCUCAAGGCUGGUGCGAAGUUCAUUCACGAAUCUAGGUGUAGUCGGGAGAAUAUCGCUGUGAUAAUGGAACCUAACAAUCAUGAAGCUGCAGCUUUUAUUGUCGCAUAUUUCUCUAUCUUAAGUGGAUUACCUGUAAAAUUAACUCGUAAAGCUGUUAUGAAAUGUAGAGAAAAAUUAGAUAUUACUAAUGAAUAUGACCCUUUAAUUGAAUCAAUGCAAAAUUCGACUACAGCAAAAGAAUUACGUAAUGAUUUAUUCAAAGGUACAUCUGGUUAUACAGAAGAUAGAUUAAUUGAAGAUUUACGAAAAAUUUAUCAAUUAGCUGAAUUAGAUCCACCAACAUCAUCAGAAAUUUAUUUAGAAACAAGACGUGAAUCAACGACACAAAAUUCAUCUAAUCCAAUUUUGAAACGUUUAUCCAUUGAUAAAAGUAAACAAGAAUCAACUAAUCAAACAAAUAUUAGUUCAUCUAAUCUACGUGAUAAAACACCAGAACUAGUUGUCCAUGAAUAUGAUAAUAACAAUAUUAAACAAGAUCAACUGAUGAAUACUUCAAUAAAUUCUUCAAUGAUUACACCUCAUCAUUCAAUUGAUCAUAAUAAUUCUGUAUUAAAUGAUGCUAAACAUGAUCUACAUCAAAUUGACCAAAUCAAUAAUAAUACAAUUCAAAAUGGUACUAAACAAACUUCAUAUAAUCAUGAUAAAGAGAUUAAAACAAAAUUACCAGAUCCAUUAUAUAAUACCGAUAUGAUUACUACCAAUAAAAUAAAUUCUCAAUCAUUUAUUAAUAAUCAUGAAAUUCAUCAUUCUAAUAGUAUGAAUAAAUUAAAAACUAAUAAAGUAACAAUUAUUUAUGCUCUAUCACAUGAAUCUACAGAAGCUGAUGCUGUGGAACAAUAUUUAAAUAGUACUAGUGCAGAUGAACGUGAUAGAUUACGUAAACGUGUAAUAAUUACACAUGCUUAUUCAAAAGUUGACAAUUCUAUGGAUUAUAUAUAGAAAAUUGUUAAUUCAAUUAAUCUAUUGAACAUUGAAAAUAACAAACUACAUAACAUCAUACGUAAUUUUUCUUUUUAAAGAAGCGCUCUUUUUUUUCUUUCUUUUAUAAACAAAAAAAUCUAUAUAUGAUUAGUGUCGUUAAUAUUUAUGAUAGAAAAUUUAUCUUCAUUUCUUGUUAUGAACUAAUUCAGUUUCUAUAUCUUUUCAUAUUUAUUAUUAUUAUUAUCACUAUGACGAUUAUGAUUGACGACAAGUUUUUUUUUAAAAAAAGAAAAGAAACAAGUACUUUUAUUGAUCAAUACAAAUUUGUUUAAAUCGUUCAAAUGUUUUAUGUUACAUUUUUUAAAAAAAAGAAAACACAACGUCCAUAUUUGGAAAGUUUGUUUGUUUUUGUUAAAAAUGAUAAUUAGUACCAAAAAAAAUGUGAAAUUAUUUUUCAAAGUUAACACUAUGGUUACUUUUUAAAAGAAAACCUUAUGAAUGACAUGAAUAUUUAUUAAGCAUAGAUUGAUGUUUUCUUUUUUCUUUUUCUCUCUCAUGAAAUAGUAUAUUAUAGUGACUUGUUUUAAUUCAUUUACUUUAUCUCUAUGAUUACGUAAGUAUAGUCAUAUUUCUUAAAUAGGUAUUAGAUGUUAAAGAAAUUUACAGAGUUAUUUUAUCUUAUCAUAACUAUAACAUUUAAGAUAUCUAGAUUUGAUUGAUGAAUAACAACUGGAAAGAGCUGGAAAGGAUUGCUCAGGACAGGGUUAGAUGGAGAAUGUUGCUGAGCAUCCUAUGUUCCUUCACGAGGAGUAACAGGUGUAAGUAAGUAAGAUUUGAUUGUGUUAGAUGAUCGGUCGAUGAUUGGCAAUAAGCAAUGUGAAUUGAUGUUGUGCUAUUUGAUGUUUCAAUAGUUGAAAUCAUGAGUUAAUUGAAGCUAGACCAUCAUAGAAAACCUGAUAGCACUGAAUGGCCGUUUCGUCCUAUUGUGGGACUUCUUAGCAGUGCGCAUCCGCGAUCCCAACCCCGCGAGAUUCGAACCCAGGACCUAUCGUUUUCGCGUGUUAGCGCUUAACUACUAGACUAUUGAGCUGGCCGGCAUCCAACGGUGUUAAUUUCUAACUUCAACCAAUCCAUGGAAUCGCGUCACCGUACACCAUUGUCUUCAAUGACUUGAUAUCCCCUUCUAAUAUUUGAUAUUUAUCAAUGUUAUAGUUAUAUCUUCUUUUUACUAUUCUUUGAAUUUUGUUGAUCAAAUUGUAAAAUGAUCAUUAUUUUUGACGGAUCGAUAUCAUUUGAAAUAGGUUUUUGUUAGUAGAA